CCCGGCUCUGAGGUGGAGCGGAGGACGCCGCGGCCCCGCCAGCCGCGGCCCGCUUCCUCCCCGCGCGCGCACGCACGCACGCCGGGGCGUCGGAGGAAGCCGGAAUACAACAUUUAAUGAAAAACCCAUGCUUAAGGUGUGAACAUGGCGGGCUUCCUGGACAAUUUCCGCUGGCCGGAAUGUGAGUGUAUUGACUGGAGCGAGAGGAGGAACGCCGUGGCGUCCGUGGUGGCCGGCAUAUUGUUUUUCACAGGUUGGUGGAUAAUGAUAGACGCUGCUGUUGUGUAUUCCAAGCCGGAGCAGUUGAACCACGCCUUUCACACGUGCGGGGUGUUCUCCACGCUGGCUUUCUUCAUGAUAAAUGCAGUGUCCAACGCGCAGGUGAGAGGGGACAGCUAUGAAAGCGGCUGCUUGGGAAGGACGGGUGCUCGUGUGUGGCUCUUCAUCGGGUUCAUGCUGAUGUUCGGGUCCCUCAUCGCUUCCAUGUGGAUUCUUUUUGGUGCCUACGUUACCCAGAAUAUUGAUGUGUAUCCAGGACUAGCUGUGUUUUUUCAAAAUGCACUUAUAUUCUUUAGCACUCUGAUCUACAAAUUCGGAAGGACUGAAGAGCUGUGGACCUGAGGUUGCCGCAUCAAUCCUGUUUUCCUUUUGUUAUAUUCUAUUUGUAGAUAAGUUUUUAUUUCCCCAUAUGAUUUACACAUUGCCAAAUGGAUUCGACUGUGCACUGAGUUUUGUUUCUUGACACUUUUAUGCCCUGAGUUUUGAGACAGUUUUAUGAACCCUGUUCUUUUUUGUUUUUAAUCAACCAGACUGUUGAUAUGUACAUAUUGUCUAAGACCAUUGAGGCUGGCUGAUGACUGUCCAUUCCUAAUGCCCAAGACUGGACGCUGGGUCUCUUCCCUGGGCUGGGCCGCCCCGUCGUGUGGUCCCUGAGGGGACCGCUCUGAUGUCUGUCUCUGCUGUCUGAAGCUGGGCAGCAACUGUUGCCCUGUGCAUCCAGAAUAAGCCCAGAGCUGCUUCAAAAAAAAAAAAAAAAAAAGGUAUUUUUUAUUUUGGCUUAAAAAAAAAGAGGAUUUUUUUUUUUAAGGAAAAAAGUCUGUCCUUAUGUAUUAAAGAAGUGGACUUUUAUAUGAAGAUUUAAAAAAAAAUGUCUGAAGGACUGUCUCUGAAGACCUCUUUUAAAAGGAGUUCCUCUAACGUGACAGUGCGUGACCAGGGAUAACCUGCGGUGAAGGGCGCAGAGCUUCUCUUGGCUGAUGCGUGGGUUCCGAGUGGGCACUCAGCGGCUGCCUCUCCGAGGAGCAGCUCCCGCAGUCCUGCGGCCGCCGUGCUGUGCAGCCUGUCCUCCUCCUCUGACGUGAGCCAAUCGCGAGCACGCGGGAGACCCCCGCAGUCCUAAAGCAUGCCUCCUGUGACGAAAAGGGGAAUCCUUGCAGAAGGGAGCGAGUAUGAGCCUGUUCACAAUAAAUUAGGCAUUUCGUCCUCUUAGUUACGACUGCAGGUCUCCCUUUGCUGUAGCUGGCAAGCGUGGUGUGAAUGUUCCUGUGAAAUAGACCUGCGGUGUGGAAGUUCACACUGCAAUCAGAAGCGUCAUUUGCUGCAUUUGCAAUCCUGUAUUUGCGCCCUUGGUAUCGCUGGGUGCUUUGAUCGCUACUGUUGCUAUCCAGAGUUUCAUGUUGCACUUUGUGCUGGGAGCUUUGACCAUGGGACAUCUCUGGGCGCUGGUGUGGCGCUCCCACACAGCCUUGGCCUGCAGCCAUCUCCUCGCAGAGGGUCACCUGCACAGACUAUGAAGCGAUUGCCGAGUGCUGUGCCUUUGUCCACAUGCCAUCUUGUUCGAUUACUUUUGUCUUUGUUGUUCCUUUUUACUCAAAAUUAUUGUCUUGCAUCCAACAAACUGUAAGAUUAAUUACUUGUUUCCACUGUCGUAACCUGUUGCAGUAAAUGUUAUUUCUGUUAUAUGCUAAUAAUAUUACUGAGUCCUUUGGAGAAAAUGAACUAUAAAAUUGGUUUGCCAUUCAUUUUUCCAUUAGUCAGUUAGACUUGAUUAAAGAAACACUUAU